AUGGCAGGUCAGCAUUCUACUUUGUCUUUUAUUACGAUAGGCACUGGAUACUUGAAGGAGUAUAUAGGUAUGGCGAAACUUUCCAAGGAUGAAUUGACGUAUAUCGUAGUCAAAGAUAAUUCGACACUGGAAGACUGUAAAUCCUAUUGCUAUUCCCAUCAUCGGUUCUAUUGCGAGCACAACUCUACCGCUUCUACUUGCGCCAUAUCGGAACGUGAUAUAUCUCUUUAUCCCAUCGAAUUCACUCUUACCUACGUUGGCAAUGAUACCAUUUCAUACGUGAAAACCCAAAAUGAGCAAAUUGAUGUCACGACGAGUCCCGUCCAAAAUAUUACUUAUAAUUUUACAGAUUUACCAUGUUACCAGGAACCUGCUCCGCCAACAACGACUAUCAUCUCAACACAGUCUGCUGAGGGAGACGUGACGUCAUCUGUCUCUAACGACGUUAACACUGCUGUAUAUAUCAGCCCUGAAUACAUUGAACAACUAGUUGUCGAGAUAAAAGAGGAGAAUACGGUUGAUGUUAAAACCCUGACGUCAUACCGGAAUAAAUUUAUCAGCGCCAACGAUAAUCGACCUUCAUCAAAAACAAUUGGCAGUAUCGGAUUAAUAUUCAUCGCUCUACUGUUGGGUCUGAUUUUGGUGUCCGACGUGCCUAAAUUCAUACAAGACGUCAAAACACUUCAUGGAAAGCCAGCCAAGCACACUGAAACAUGUGAUAACACAUUUAUCUUUACAAAAUCAAAAUUCAGUAUGAAACGAAGGGUGUCCUUCCGUCGUAAUUCCAUGUAG